AUGGACCUGCAGAAUGGAGUACAAUAUUGAUUUCUACAGACAUUUUGCUUGGCUUAGAAAGGUGAACCUCCAAUCAGCUGGCAGUGCUGAGUCUUACCAGGAGCGCCUGUCCCGCCUAGAGGGAGACAAAGAGUCCCUCAUUCUGCAGGUGAGUGUGCUGACUGACCAAGUGGAGGCGCAGGGGGUGAAGAUAAGUGACUUGGAGAGCUCUUUGGAGGAACACCAGCUGAAGCUCAACUCCACAGAGGAGAUGCUGCAGCAGGAGCUGGUGCACCGGGCGUCACUGGAGAAACAGAAGCUGAGUCUUAUGGGGGAGGUGUCCUACCUGAAACUCAAGCUGGCAGACAUGGAGGGAAAACACAGGGACUCCAGCGACAGGCAGCACAAAGCAGAGAGCGUAGUGAAUUUUAUUAGUGAGCUGCAGGAGCAGAUGUGUAGGUUUCAGAAGGAAAUAAAUAACAAGAUCCAGGAGAAAAAGGCCCAGGAGUUUCCAGUCAGCAGCUCUCCUGAAGCCCUCCCUGAGGGUCAGAGUCCACACAUGGGACCAUCCCGGGACAGGACCCCUGGACAGAGGCGCAGACCGGAGGGGCCACGCAGGGCCCAAGCCCCUGUGGGACAGGGUAGCCCCCUAAUGCAGCAGCAGUGCCACUGUGGAGGACAAAGUGGCUUAUUGAAGGAGCUGAAGAUAUUGAAAGACAAAGUAGAGCACUUGGAGGAGCAGAAGUUACAGUAUGAGAAGAAACUGAAAGCUACCAAGGCUGAGAUGAGCAGUCUUCAGCAGCUCCUGAUCAGUAAGAAUGCAGAAAUCCAGAGCCUACACACUCAGCUGCUGUCUCGGCCCGGGCCCGCCAAUGAUUAUGAAGAGAAAGAGGACUUGUACAGGAAGAGGCUGAACAUCAAACAUGUGGAGCUGCAGAAGCUGAGAGGAGGAAUGAAAACACUCAUAGUUGCAAAUGAGGAGAAGGACCGGCGUAUUGAAGAACUCACUCUACUGCUGAAUCAAUGCAAGUUCAGAGAGACGCCUCACUCCACGAGACAGGCUCCCCCUGCUGUUUAUUCAUCUCUAAAUGGGAGGACAUCAUCGAUAAGCAGUGAAGAAGAGAGGACUGCUGACUUAGCCAGUGUGCACUCUGAAGACCUAAAAUCAGAAGUUUCCACAAACAGUUCCUCCUCUCAACAGACAUCACUUGGGUCAGUACACAAAGAUGAUGUUAGCAGAACAGAACCACUGCCCUCAUCAAAUGUAUCCACUAUUUCACAAAAGUCAGCUCAGAGCGACAGCCAAAACAAGAUGGAGGUCAACAGCAUGGAGAGCAGCAGUAGUGAACUCCAGAAGUCUCCAGAUGGGAGUGUGGACGGAGACUCAGUCCAAAAAAAGACAGACAAAACAGAAGAAAGCCUCUCAGUGCAUUCUGGGACAAGUUCUCAGACUGGUCAUCGAACUGUGGGUUCACCAGAGUACAUGAAAAAUAAUAGAAGCUUCAAGCGAUUUUGGGGAAAACUGCGUAGGACUCAGUCUGGAGGGUUUCAGGCUGGUGAUUCUGAACUAAGUGUUUUCCAAAGAGGAGGACUGAGAGCUACUGCAGGACCUAGACUGACCCGCACACCAGAGUCACAUGACUAUCCGCGUGACAUGAGCACUCCGUUUGGGCAGUGGAGUCGCGAGCAGGUAUGCAGUUGGCUGGAAGACUCAGGACUGGGACACUACAUAAACCUCACCAGACAGUGGAUCGAAAACGGACAGACGCUGCUCUCUGCCACACCACAUGACUUGGAGAAGGAGAUGGGAAUGAAAAACCCACUUCAUAGGAAGAAACUGCAGCUGGCUUUGAAUGCAUUCAGCACGAAAACAAUCGAAAAGUCGUCAGAGCUAGAUCACAUUUGGGUCACUCGCUGGCUGGAUGACAUUGGAUUGCCUCAGUACAAAGACCAGUUCCAUGAGGCCAGAGUAGAUGGGCGGGUGUUGCAGUACCUCACAGUGAAUGACCUUUUAAUCCUAAAGGUCACCAGCCAACUCCAUCAUCUCAGUAUUAAAUGUGCCAUUCACGUGCUUCAUGUCAACAAGUUCAACCCCUCCUGUUUAAGGCGGCGACCAGGGGAUGAGAAACAGUCCUCUCCUUCGGAGGUGGUGCAGUGGUCCAACCACCGUGUAAUGGAGUGGCUUAGAGCAGUAGAUCUGGCAGAGUAUGCUCCUAAUCUCCGAGGCAGCGGGGUCCAUGGUGGCCUCAUUAUAUUGGAGCCUCGGUUCACAGCAGAGACCCUGGCUCUGCUUCUUAACAUCCCCCCUCAGAAGACCCUCCUGCGCAGGCACCUAGCCUCAGCCUUCUCCACUCUGGUGGGUCCUCAGGCUGCACAGGAGAAGAGAGAGUAUGGGAACGCAACAGGACAUAUGCCCCUCACCACAACAGCCAAAGUCAAGCCUAAAAAGCUGGGCUUCACUCAGUUCAGUCACUUGCGGAAGAGGAAACCAGAUGAUUCAGCAGAAUACAUCUGUCCUAUAGACACAAGUGCUCACACAAUGAACGGACACUCUCGCCCCCCAGCAGCAGAUAGAGGGGUCAGCCCCAGUUCAGAAAGGAGAGGGCCCAAUGGGAUCAAGCCCUCAGGGUGAUUUUCAUCAACCACCAUCAUCAUCAUCAUCAUCAUCGUCAUCACUUAUACAACUGGACAGUUGGUUGUUUCUGAAUGUUGUGUUUAGCACUUCUAUGUAUUGUUGUACAGGUAAAUAUUUCUGAAUUACCGUAGUCAAAAAAAUUGUGUUACAUUUAAAUUUAUGGGCCAAUACUUGAGUGGUCCUAAUGUGUGCAAGUGUUCACUGUGCAUCUGUUUUUAGUUCUCAGGUUUCCUCAUUGUAAAUUAAAUGAUGUACAGACAACGAAGGAAUCCAAUGAAAUAUACAAAACAGCCCAAUGACAGAAUCUUAACUAACCAAUGUUUCUAAAUGUUGUAGCAAGCUGUUGCCCCAAAGUUGGUAAUUGCAUUCCUUAUAAUGUCAGAUUCCACAAAUCAUGUACUUAUUUUGUGCUUUUGCAUCAACUGAAGUAUAGCAGAUUUUUUUGUAGUUUGAAUGUAAAUGACUUAAAACAUGUCACUAACACUGCACUACCUUUAUGAAAUUGUAAAUCUAUUAAGACAUUUUUUUUUUGAAUAAACGUGUACGUGUCAUGGAA